GACAAUUUUGCAGGACAACCUAAGUACAUUAUGGUUGAAUACGAAGCAGAGUACAUUAAUGCUGUGGGAAGCUCCUUCUACGCAUUAAUGGUUGCAAUUAUUUUUCCCUUGUUUUUAAAGGUUUCAUUUUAGGCAUUAUUAUUAUGUCUUUGUGUUGGCAUAUCAUAGAUCUACCGUGAGCCUGUAAUCAAGGCCUCAAGGGUCUUAAAAAGAUACUGCUCAUGCGCAUCUUAGAAAUUUACUAGGUAUUUACUCCUUAGUCUACGAGGAAAUACAUGCAUGUGAAUAAGAAUUGGUUUAGUUGGCUGGCAGCACGAGUCUGAUAGAGAGCGAGAGAUUGAGGGAGAGGGAGCUACACUAUGAAGACUAUACUCUCUUCAGAAACGAUGGACAUCCCGGAAGGGGUGAAAAUCAAGGUGCACGCAAAGCAAAUCGAGGUUGAGGGUCCUCGAGGCAAGCUCUCCCAGAACUUCAAGCACCUAAAUCUCGAUUUCCAGCUCAUUAAAGAUGAGGAGACCGGAAAGCUGAAGCUUAAGGUGGACGCCUGGUUUGGGUCACGGAAGAGCACCGCCGCAAUCCGCACCGCUCUCAGCCACAUCGACAACCUCAUUACCGGUGUUACCAAGGGCUUCCGCUACAAGAUGCGCUUUGUUUACGCUCACUUUCCCAUUAACGCCUCUAUAACCAACGCUAAUAAGGCCAUUGAGAUCCGUAACUUCCUUGGCGAGAAGAAGGUUAGAAAGGUGGACAUGCUUGAUGGGAUUACAGUUCUUCCUUGUGAGAAAGUAAAGGAUGAAUUGGUUUUGGAUGGUAAUGCAUUGAGCUUGUGUCACGGUCAUGUGCACUUAUUAACCAGAAAUGCCAUGUCAAGAAGAAGGAUAUCAGGAAGUUCCGUGAUGGUAUCUAUGUCAGUGAAAAAGGCAAAAUUGAAGAGGAAAACUAAGCGCCUCCCAGUCUUCCAAAUUUAUCAUUAAACUUUUCAUUUUGAAUAUUUUCUUGUUGCUUUAUAGACUUGUUAUGGAUUUAUCCAUUGUUAUAGACUUUGUUUAGGUAAAAACAUGUUUAUACUUUAUAGUUUAUUCCCACACUUGUAGUCAACCUUUUUAAUCCACUGAUAUUAAUUUUUGUAAAAAUGAAAGUCGAGUGUACUCAUUAAUUUUCAUCUUGUCGGUUUAGUCCCU